CGAUCACUCUUCCCAGUUUUCGUCACGGUCUACAUCAAAUAGACGUAUAAAAUUUAAAAUAAGCAAUUUGAGAAAAAGAUUAAUUAACAAAAAAAAAUUGAGUGAAAUUAUUAAUUGUGAUGUCGCGUUUUUAUUUAUAUAAAAUUUCAAUAAAAUGAAAUCAUCGUUUUUGGACUUGUUGUGUUGUAGAUCGAUAAGAGAUCCUGGCGUUUUUACAACCGGCCCCGGUUAUUAUCGUAGGAAAACUAUGAAAAUGGAUGAUUUAAGUGUGAAACAGUUAACCGCGAAUGAAAUUAACGGUGAAAAUAGUAUGGGUGUUGAAAAAAAUUUUGAAAAAAAAUUAAAGACUAUUACUAAAGAAUCUGGCGGUCAUCAAAGUAUUUUAAAAUCUUACGAGAAAAGUCAUUAUGAUAUCAGACAACAUCACUUGAUACCACCAAAUAGAAGUCCAUUAUUGAUUUUAAUUGUAAGCAGUCAAUAUGAUAAUUCAAUGGAAGCUUUAUCGAGGGCAACCGAAAAACUCGGCCACGAAAUAACAUUUUGCGAUUGUUAUGAUACGGCCUUAGAAGAAUUCCAAUCGAAAUCGCACGAUCUCAUUUUUGUUGAUACGAGGAACCCAAAAUUGGAAUACGACACUCUAUGUAGGUCAAUAAGAAACAGUCGGAAUAGUCCAAAUGUGGCGUUAAUAGCUGUUGUUAAAAAAGGGGUGUUUGAAAAAGAUGAAAUUACGGUUUCUUCACUUUUAGAAUCAGGAUUUAAUAGGUGUAUUACAGAAAACACGAACUCUACUGUUUGGUAUAAUGAACUUCUACAAAUAACGCAAUCGGAUGUGAGAAAUUUAGCGUUACAAGCCACCACGAAAGCUCUUUACGUCGCUUUAGAUAAAUGCAAAGAUUUGGUGCUGGUCACCGAUGAAUCCUGUCGAAUGCAAUAUAUAAAUUCGUCUGGUGAAUACAAUUUAGGAUACAGAUAUGAAGAGAUUUUAGGUAAAACGUUACAAGAAUAUUUAUCAGCCGAUCCCUCGCAAAUAGUGUCGAUGACGAAUAAAUUAUUAAAAAUGCGAGCAUGGACCGGGCAGUUAAUGUUGAAAAGAAAAGCGACAGAAAGUGUAUUAACUUUUUAUUGUCAGGCUACACCAAUUGUUUGUGCUGGAAGACUUCCAACGCAUUUUGUUUUGGUUUUCGAUCAUAGUGGUCAUCAUUUAGAACAAAGACAGAGUCGUGGCAGCAUACAUAGUUUAAGAAAAGCUUCUUUGGAUGUUCGAAGUUUAAAUAGCGAUUACCAAAAUCGGAGGGUUUCUAUGGCUAAACUUAGUGCGUUACCUUUAGAAGCACCGAUAACAAAGAUAAUAACAUUAAUAACUCAAGCACAAGACAUGGCAGGUCAAAAUAAUCAAUUAACCACAGCUUUAGAUAAAGUUGUGGAUUUAUUAAGAUGUACCGAGUUAUAUUCGCCGCAAAUGAAAGUCGAUCAAUAUGUUAAAUCAGCAGAUGAACCAGUUACUGCGGAUUUAAUAGGCGCUUUAUUAUCUAAUCCUAAUCCUUUAUCUUACGCUUCAAGAAGAAGUAGUAAUGAUUCAUCGAUAUACAGGUCAUCUGCGAAAACAUUGAGUAAAAUUAAAGUGCCGGCACAAAUAAGGGAAUUAUUGGAUUUUGCAUUAGCUUGGGAUUUCGAUAUCAUGCGUUUAGAAGAAUUAACAAAUAAACAUCCUUUGGCUAAUUUAGGAAUAACGCUUUUUAAUCAUUUCGAUGUCGCCGCAACUUUAAAUGUGGACGAAAAAAUCUUGCACAAUUUUUUGAUUUUAAUCGAAUCGAAAUAUCGCAGUGAAAAUAGUUAUCAUAAUUCAACUCAUGCUGCCGAUGUAAUGCAGGCCGUUGCUGCGUAUAUGGAAAGAGAUCGUUUAAAACAAAUUAUGGACCCAAUUGAUGAAGCUACCGCUUUAAUAGCUGCAGCUUGUCACGAUGUUGAUCAUCCGGGACGUUCGAGCAAUUUUCUUUGUAAUAGUCAUCAUCCUUGGGCUAUUUUAUAUAACGAUGUUACUGUUUUGGAGAAUCAUCAUGCUGCUAUUACAUUCCAAUUAGCUUUUUCUGAUGAUAGAGUGAAUAUUUUCAAAAAUUUGGAUAAGGAGACUUAUAAAACAGCGAGGCAAAAUAUAAUUGAUAUGAUUCUAGCGACUGAAAUGACGAAGCAUUUUGAACAUUUAACGAAAUUUGUUAGUGGAUUUUCCACUAAAUCUGGUGGGGGUCCGGACGAAGAAGAGCCAAAAGAUGAUAUUACUCAAGAUCCUGAAACGCACAUGGUUCUAAUACGGAGAAUGAUGAUUAAAUGCGCAGACGUUUCAAAUCCAACGAGGCCAUUUGGUUUAUGUGUAGAGUGGGCGAGAAGAAUAACGGAGGAAUAUUUUCAGCAAACGGACGAAGAAAAAUCUAAAGGACUUCCAAUUUUAAUGCCAAUGUUCGAUCGAUACACUUGCUCUAUACCAAAAGCGCAAAUUGGAUUUGUUGAUUAUAUCAUUAACGAUAUGAUGGAAGCUUGGAAUGCUUACAUUGAUUAUCCCGAAUUAGUAACAUAUAUGCGUCAAAAUUAUAUAAAAUGGAAAGAAUUUGACGAGCAAGGUUUUUCGACGUUAAAUGAUAUAAAAAAGUUGCAAUUAGCUUUAAUCGGGACUAAAACAGGAACUCAUACGUUAAACGAAUGAUGUAAAAGAUCACGUCACAGUGUGGACGUGAGCGAUUUAAAAAAUUAUCGAAAAUCAACAGAAAAAACGCUUAUUGUGGAUAUAGCGGUAAAAAACUAUGGUUAAUCCGUAAAUAAUGAGAAUUGUUAUAUGAAAUAUUUUUAAAUGUGUGUGAAUGUCUUUUAUGUAAAAGGACCAAAGACUUCAAAAAAGAAAAAACCAAAAAAUGAAAAAAAAAAUAAUAAAUAAAUGGGAAAAUAAUGAAGAUUUUUAUAAAGAUUGUUGCAUGCUGGACGUGCUUCUGCAAUUUUUAACCUAUCUAUAUAUAUUAAAAUAACUAAAUUAUUUUUAAUUAUUUAUUAGUCGAUAAGUGUAAAGAAUAAUAAUAAAAAAAGAACUAAGUGUAAAAGAUGUAUUCUUCUAUAAUCUGACUGUCCAUAAAUGUGUUAAUAAUGAUAAAUUAAUAAUAAUAAAAGAAAUAUUUAAAUGAAAAUUAUACAAAAAUAUAACAUGAUGAUGUCGUAAAGAUGUAAAUAUUUUUAAGAAAAACAAUUAUUUUAAAAAGGGAAUAUAUCUGACAAUCUUCGAAAUGUUACUUCAUAUGUGUACAAAAAUAUAAAUAAAGAAAUUAUUCAAA